ACUUCAUGGAAGUUCAAGCGGAAGCUUUAUCGUCGAUUCACCGGCAUCCUCACAAGUACGCAUUCCAGUGGCGACAUACUCUAUCAGAGGGUAUGGCAAGAAGAAAUAUCAUGGAUGUGGAACUCCGAAAAUUCAAAAAAUACAAGAAAAGCACGAGAGGAAAAGAAAAUCUUCAUGGGAUUCCUCAAAACGCCAAUUUUCCAUCUAUGGUUUAUUCCUCAGAAGAUAUAGACAUAGAAAGUAAUCAGGAUGUACAGGAUUAUCGCUCAAAGGUUUUGCAGAGUGAAGAUCUCAUAAAUAAUAUUAUGGUACAAAAAUAAAAGUCUUAGAAAUAGAAUAGAUUUUUACAUGUGGAAAUAAAUACUUAAGAAUUUUGA